UUCCUACUUUGCAACAGGUCCUUUUACGCGUGCAAUCCCUUUGGCAGUCACCCGUGAGCACCCUGCCUUCUCGUAGCGGACUGUGAACAACCUGGCCAAGUCGCGCUUUUGGACUUUAUCUGGUUGACCGACCUUUCUGUCGCGCAGAACAGGGCUAGGUCGUUGGAAUUAGGCCAAGACGAGUCUUGCUGGGCGCUGCAUUAUACCCCGGGGCAUACCAGUGUUUGAUCCAGAUUGUAUCCAGCCGCGUUUCCUGAGCGGCAUCUUCACCUAGGUGGGCAAAAGAGCUCGCACUGCCAAAGCAACGAAACCUACGUCGUCCUUGCUUGGCCUUUGACGUGCCACGAUAAUAUCUAUAUAUUGAUCUAGAUCUGGCAAAGCCUUUGGUGGAGCGAGAUCUCGCGAUAUUUGGCUUCCCCUUCCUUUUGUAUCCCCUACCAUUAGACACGUUGGAUAUCUGAGACGGCAUUCGUUGGGUUGUGGAGUUGGACGGGGAAAUAAGUGACGUGAAGGUGGUCCGAAGGGCACGACCGCUACGACGUGGAGUGGGUUGGGACGUUAUUUUUGCUCUAUUCUAUUAGCCCAGAAAACAAGUAUACCCAAUUAGAAGACAGCCAAAGAAGAAGAUGACAACCGCACCACCAUCCUCGCCUCGAUUCAGCGGGCCCCUUCCGCAUUUCUUCCAAGUUUUGAACUUGGAGCAUGACGAACACGCCCGUGCCCUCGUGAUGAUUUUCACCGAGCAGAUUGCACUUGCAGAGGAAAUCGUCAAAUGCAGAGAGGCUCUUACGGAGGCCGAGGAAGCACUGGCUAAAGUCGAGCAGGGCCGGAAAGAGUUUGCACAAGAGAGGAAACGGGACGAGAAAAGGUUGGAUGAAAAGACCAGGCAAGCGCUGAAGAAGGAGAAGAAGAACGCAGAACGAGCCGCACGGAAGAGGGGCUUUCCGAUAGCAGGGGGGCUGACCGUCACAAGCACGAAUGUGUUGACAUUUAUGGAAGCCCAAGCGUCCUUGGCAUCCGUUGCCGGACCAAAGGAUAUAUGCCGCGUUGUAGAUGUCAUUAAAGAAGAGGGGACUUUAGUCUCGGACACUGGACGACACUUUCAUACCGGGCCGAUACGAAACGAAACAACAUUCCAGCUCCUCUGCGGACUGGCGUUUCGUGAAGUUGCAGAAGCACGCGAAAAAGUUGCCGCCUUGGAACAGCGGGCCAAAGAAUUAGAUCAACAGGCGGAAAAGGGACACCAGGGAUUAAUGGAUUCGGUACGGAGACGGUAUAAGGUGCUUGCGGUGCGGAUGCAUCCAGAUAAAUUACAGCGCCCACCAACAGAAGAAGAUUACCAACGAUUCCGAGAGCUUCAAACGGCGCAUCAGGUGCUGUCAGAUACGGACCUUCGACGUCGGUAUAUUCAAAUGAUGGAUCACAAUGCGUUUCUAGCAACUUUGCCAAAGGUAUCGAAGGAUGCGGAUCAGGAAGGGCACCGGCCAGUGAUAAAACGGGACAAAGACGGAGUGCAACCGACGCGAACGGUGCUUCCAAACGAUCAUCGGCGAUUGACUGGUGGAUUUCCCCAUCAAUGUACUAGGCCACGUAUUAUCGACAGUAUCGUCACCGAUCCCAAACGAGGCCAUACACGCGUCAUGUUGACUUGGAACUGUGCGUCCGCGGAGGAAUUGCAAAUCUCGCGUUACGAAGUACAGGUCAAACAGCGGAGUACUGGGCCGGAGGCAAGUGAGUGGAUUCGGAUAUAUAUGGGCUGGAGUACAGAGUGGUGGACGGACGUGCUUCCUCCUGGUCACUACUCUUUUCGCGUGCGGGCUGAGAACAACCUCGGAUUGGGAGAAUGGUCAACAUUUUUAGAUUAUUAUAUUGAGGAUAUCCAAGCAGUACGGCAACAGCGACGGGAAGAAUUGGAGCGGAAUAAGGAAGAGCGCCGCAGCAAGUUGGCUAAACGUUUGCGCUGGCAAAUCUCUGUGGUUCUCAACCAAACCGGCAAUGUCCCCACAACUGAAAAACUCUCCAAGUUGCGAACACUCUUAGACCAAGCUCGACGUAGUAAAAUGGAUGAAGUCGUUGAAGAAACGGAGGAAAUCGUCAUGGGAUUGGAAGCUCGAGUGGCUAAAAAUGAAGAGCAACAUUUGUGGCGUAGCAAGUUGCAUGAAUAUGUGAAAGCGGUUUUGAAGGAGGGCGGUGAUGGACGUGUUGAUAAAGACAGUGAUGGACAACAGAUGGUCGAACAAGACGCAGAGGACGAAGGUGCAGAAGAUCCUGAUACUGAUGAAGCGGAAGAUGAUGGAAAAGGUACUAGCAGUAGCGGCGCUGGCGUUUCCGCCGACAGCUCCGUGCGACCACCUUCCCCAACAAAGGAAGGACACCGAGCUACCCUUUCAGAUUUUGAAGAGUUCCUGGUGUCCUUGCCAGACAUGUACCCCCCAGAUACGCCGUAUACCCUACCCGCAACCAUUAGAAACCAAAUUGUACAAACCGUUCAAGCAUUGAUACGUAACCGACCGCCUCUACGCGUCACAUCAAUUGUUCCACAGAAGAACAAUCCUUCUGAUAUAUCAUUGUCUGUAAGCUGCUUGGACAUUUACCAGCGCAUUUUAGCCAUUGCUCGGGCUGCCCUCACUCAUAAAGAGUAUCUGGGAGGACAAGCUGGAUUCAAAGGAAUUCAUACUGCUCUAGGCGUUCUAGCUCGGGAAAUCGAUGAUGCGAACCGUAGCAUGGACAAAAAGCGACAACAAAUUGAAUCGUUCUUGAAGGAAAGAGAGAGGUCAAUGAAAGCAAGAGCAGAAUCCGAUUGUGUAGGGGAACCAUUACGAGGACAUGGUGCACUGCAAGCCCGCACCGAAACACAAGACGAUACGGGGACUGCGGCUGCUGCACAACAAAACACGCACGAGUAUGAUAAACCGAUAUCAGAGGCGAAUAUCAAGACUUUUAGAGUCGAUGUUGGCCAUCACGAGCAUAUUGAUGAGCCACCACCACCCUAUACCCCACGAGAGGUUGGCGUUCGUCCGCAGACGGAAGAAGAUAAUGGAGGAUGGAAUGAUGCGAGUGAUCCUUCCAACAACGAUCGAGAAAAUCCUGAGAAUUCUACGACACCCCGCCUCAGACGACGCGGAACGCGAGGCGGUGUCCGACGACGAAAAAAUUCCGAGACGCAAGGUCAGGCACAGGCGUCCGUUGUCAGUCCGCGGCAAUCAAGACGUGGCAGUCGUGCCCGUGUUCGACCGAGGUCGCUAGUCAAUGGCGUUGCAGUGGCAGCCGAGUCUGCCGAGUAUUAUGAAGACGCGAAGAAGGGCAGCGGGCCUGUAAGUCUUUUGGAAAAUGCAGUGGAAACCAACGCGGACGACACAUCUACGACGACAAAAUGCUUGCAUCGGCCGUCAGUACCGCAGGUGCAGUUUAACGAUAUCGAACUAGAAAGCCAUCAUAACAAAUCUACAGGGACCAGUGAACCAGCGGAAAUACCAAUGGAAAAGACCAGCGAGGUUUCACCGAUGGUAGACAUUGGGGAUGAUCCCAAGCUCUUUGGGUUUCUGGCCUCACUAAACCUUGAACAGUAUUUGCCUGCUUUCCUUGCACAUGACGCAUCGUGGUCUCUUUUGCCCCUCCUUCGUGAAUCCGACCUGGUUCAAUUAGGAAUUACCAAAGUCGGGCCCAGGAAGCGAAUUAUGCACUUUAUUGACGAUGCCAAGAAGCGAGAGGAAGUGCAGUUGCCUGAUACCACUGCUACUACCGUGGCGGAAUGGUUGGAAAAUCUUGGACUGAGUGUUUAUGCCGAGGGAUUCUUUCGAGAAGAAGUCGCUUUUGAAGAUUUACCUGCAUUAGCUGAGGAUGAUUUAGUGAAUACCUUUGAAAUGCACAAAAUUGGGCAUCUAAGAAAAGCCAUGGCGUCUAUUGAAGGACUCAAAACUCGCAAUAAGAAGAUACCUGUCGUCCCGGUCAACGAAGGUGCUCCGGUUGAGGAUCUCAAAUCCAAACCUUUGACGAAUGUUUUGGACGCCAACGCCGAUUCGACGGCCUCUGCGGCUCAAACAGUUGAAACAGGGAUUGGAUUUGAGUCUCUCGACACAUCUUGCAAUGAAAAUGCGAGAGAUGAGCAGAAAUCAAGCCACGAGACUGACGUGCAGGAGACUUUGGGGCAGCCCGAACGACAACAGGGUGUUCCUCAAAAGUUGCCGGCAUCUCAUGUUCCAUUCCCGCAACAAGGGUUGCCACAAAUGCUGAAUGGUGGUCAUCCUCCUGGCCCGUACGCGCAAGCCGUUAAAGAGUCCUCUAUAGAUAAUUCUCUGGUACCUCAAGUCAAUGAUGUUCAUUCGUAUACCCAUGAUCAGCUCGGAAGUCGUCCGGCGUCCUUACCAGUGUCUUUUCCUGACCACGCAUCCGGACCAGGAACGGUGGGCCUUGCAUGGGGUGAUCCAAAUCAGUCAACCACGCACCCUGCAAACAACUCAAGUCGGAUGUGGCCUCAAUCUCGAGCUUCUUUUGAUGCUGCCUUUGGAGCAAACUAUGAAUCUUUUGUGAUGCCCAGUGGGCCUACAUAUGGAACAUACCCUGGAAGAACGGACAGUCGUCGGGCUACGUAUGAGCGUGAGGCGCCUUUAUCAAACGGAUAUGGUCUGCAUGGCGCAAAUGUGUACCGCCAGCAAAUUUCGUCUUUUCCUCCGCAGCGACAUCAGCAACCACAUGGUGUGAAUCCAAUCAAGUUUGGGGGAGGAGUGGGUGGUGGGUCGUCUGUCAUGUCUUCUGGAACCCGUGGGGCUGGAUACAAUACAUCGACGGUUGGGGGAAGAGUGCCUCCAGAGUUUGUGUGCGCGUUAACUCGGCGGAUCAUGAAUGUCCCUGUACAGGGCCCUGAUGGCUAUUAUUAUGAUCAUGCUCAGUUGCGGGCUCGUUUAAUCGCCGAAAAUACUUGGCGAUCCCCUAUCACCAUGAUGUACUACCCGGUGGAAGCAUGGCACCGUUGUCUCCACACUCCCGACAUGCACCUCAAGGGACUUAUCGACACUUUCAUUGCCACUGGCGCUCGCCGACGGAGUUCGGUGGGUGCCUUGAAUGCUGCUCGCGAUUUAUGGGAAAGCGGAUCAGAUACCCAACAAAGCCGACAUGGAUUUGAUAGUGUUGGUGGGACACCUACCGUGAUACCCUCUGCGCCUGUAUCAGUGCCUUCUAGCGUGGGAGGGACAUCUGCGCCAGUCUCGGGAUUGAAAGCUACGAUGGGUUUGAAUGGGUGGACGGCGGAUGUACCUGGUGGUGCUAGUAUCUGGCGAUGAUAGUUUGGGAGGGUUUGGCAUAAAGAAAGUCUUUUAUGUGGUUUUGCACGUAAGACUUUUGGCCGGAUGUGUUUUCUUUUUUUUUUUUUACACCAUGUUCGUGGAUCAUUUAUUUUGGCUUUUUGCGAUAAUGCAUAUUUUUCUUUUUUUACGCUGAAUGAUAUAAUGGGUGCUUUUGGGGUCCCUUUUUUUUCUGGGGUUUGGCGAAUACUUUUGACUUUUUAUUGUUUCU